AAGCCAGUAUGUGGAAGGUGCUGUGGGUCAGGGACUUUGGGCACAGAGCGGCUCUGUUGAAAAUUGUUUGCUUUGCCUUGGUUCCUGGCUCCAGUCUCCCUCCGUGCCCUACAGCCCCUCUCCCCCGCCCUCUGUCUCUCCCUUUUCCACUCUCCCUCUCUCUUUCUCUCCCUGGUCCAUAUGUUUAGAAUCACAGGCUAAUCUCCUCCAGUGCUGGCCAGUACGUCCCCUGUUUACCACCUCGUGUAUUGUUUUCGUGUUCAUGAGAAGCGGCUUGUGUGGGAUUUUCGGGGGGUUUGUGACAUCCAGAGGUGCGGCGGAGAAGAUGAAGGGCAUGCAACGUAACUGUGUACCCUCUUCUUGUCGUUGCAGUGGAGUGGCCCGAUCGGACAGCAGGCUCAGCGCCAAGGCCCUCUACGAACAAAGGAAGAAAUACUCCAACUCCAAUUAUAUUAUGCAUGAGACAUCGCAGUAUCAUGUUGAGCAUCUCUCCACAUUCUUGAUGGACAAGACAGAGUCCAUUGUAACAGUGGACGAUGCCAUCAAGAAGCUGAUUCUUCUGGACUCGAAGGAUAAAAUCUGGACCCAGGAGAUGCUCCUCCAGGUCACAGACAAAUCGGUCCGGCUGCUGGAUUGUGACACUCAGGAAGAGUUGGAGAACUUUCCCCUUUCCACCAUCCACAUGUGUCAGACGGUGCUGAAUCAGACCCGUCACUCCUCUGUGCUGUUGCUCGUGUGUCAGGACAAGGAACAGCACCGGCCAGACAUCCACUUCUUCCACUGCGACGAGGUGGAGGCUGAGAUGGUUCACGCCGACAUAGACAGUGCCAUUGGAGACAAUAAGCAUGGGAAGAAAAUGAGGCCUCAGACUCUGAAGGUGAACCAGGAGAAAAUGAAGCGCCACAGAGAGACCAUCCUCCCCCCUUCGGCCCCGAGGAACCCCACGCCCGCUGCAAGGGGACGAGUGGCAGCUGUGAACGCACCGGAGCGACGAGCUUCCGAACAAAGUGAGACAGACUUACCUGAAAACCUGGCCCACCGCAUCGAGAUCGAUGUGCAAAUCCUCAACUGCGCCCUUGAUGACAUAGAAAUCUUUGUGGCGCGGUUGCAAAAGGCCGCAGAGGCCUUUUCCCAGCUCAACCAGCGCAACAAGAGUAAGAAGAACAAGAAGAAAGGACCAGCAGAGGGCAUGCUGACCCUGCGAGCCAAGCCCCCCACUGAAGCAGAGUUCAUCGACAGUCUGCAGAAAAUGAAGCUGGCCUUAAACCUCUUGGCCAAACUGAAGAAGCACAUACAACACCCGAGUGCGUCCGAGCUGGUUCAUUUCCUCUUCAACCCUCUGGAGCUGGUGCUGCAGUUCAGUGGUAGCCCCGAACUCCCCCGUUCAAUUAUCUCCCCUCACCUGUGUAAAGAUGCCGUUGACUUCCUGCGGGCACACCUCACCCCCAAAGAGACAACCAUCUUUGAAUUGCUUGGGGAUGGAUGGACCAAACCCAGAGCAGAGUGGCCCAGGGAUCAGUGUGCUCCCCCUUAUUACCCGAGGUUUCGUAACGGCUGGGAGCCGCCAGCAGAUGCUUUCAGGACAGCCCCUUGGGAAACUGAAGGACCAUCUGAGUUGAUGAUGCCCCCCACCAACCCGAUGAUGUCCUCCAACCCAAUGAUGUCCUCCUCCAACCAGAUGAUGCCCCACAACAACCAGAUGAUGCCCCCCAACAACCCCAUGAUGUCCUCCAACAACCCCAUGAUGUCCUCCAACAACCCCAUGAUGUCCUCCAACAACCCGAUGAUGUCCUCCAACAACCCCAUGAUGUCCUCCAACAACCCGAUGAUGUCCUCCAACAACCCCAUGAUGCCCUCCAACAACCCCAUGAUGCCCCCCACCAGCCCGAUGAUGCCCCCCACCAGCCCGAUGAGGUCCCCCAGCAGCCCGAUGAGGUCCCCCAGCAGCCCCCACUUCAAUAAAGCUGAUGAUUUUUACGGAACCCAUUCCUCAAACUCAUCAAACGAUUCUUACAAUGGGUCGCCCCCGGGCCGCAAAUAUGCCAAAAUCCGCUACCACUUUGUAGCGCGGAAUGCCACGGAGCUGUCGGUGCUGCAGGAUGAAAUACUUGAGGUGUUAGAGGAUGACAAGAAUUGGUGGAAACUACGGAAUCGCAGUGGACAGUCCGGCUUCGUUCCGUUCAACGUGCUGGAUGUGGUGAAGAUCGAGGAGCUAGAAGUCCCUCACAACCAGCCAAGCUACCCGGCAUCAACCCCGGCUCCUCUGGGCCUCGGAGACAGCUUCAGCAAGGGCAUACAUAAAGACAAGAAGAUGGAUGAGGUCAACAGUGAACUGUUGAUGAAAAUCACCGCUAGCAAAGCCCAGCCGCCCGUCAGGAAGUUCCGUGUUCCGGAGAAACCUUCCAACGAUGUCCACAUCCCUCUCACGUAUGACUCAGAUCAAGAUCAGGUGAUGGCAUGGCUCACUGCAAAAGGUUUCUCAAAACCGACUGUUGAGUGUUUGGGGAUCCUGACCGGAGCUCAGCUGUUCUCCCUGAACAAGGAAGAACUGAAGGCGGUGUGCGGAGAAGAAGGCAGUCGCGUCUACCUUCAAGUCACCAUACAGAAAGGACAGUUAGAGAAGUGCUGUGGCAACUCGGAGCUGGACGAGGUCAUGAGGAGACAGAAGGAGAGGAUCAACUCCAGCACCAACGAAUGAACCGCGGGCCGUCCGGACCCUUUCCUCCCUCACAGCUUUCCCAGCGCAAAAGCUUCUUAAAUCAGUCUGUUGUUAAUGAUGACCGACAGUGGAGAAUAAGACAAAUAUUGUAAACACUUUUAAUUGUAUAUUUAUUUUCUAUCAUGCAACGUGUAUGAAGUCAAACGUUUCCUCUGAUUAUGUUGCUUCUGUCUUCGACGUCCCCAUUAAAUUUUAAACUGACACCCGCUUAGAGACGGAACGUAUGCUUUCAUGUGCAGCUUGACAUGUGUGUUUGUGCGUGUGUGUGCAUGGCGCGCGUGUAACGUACAUGUUCGUACGGGCGGACGUCUGUGUAACUUUGUCACUAUUGCAGCCGUUUACUGAAUGACAUAAUUGGUAGGUGUUAGCUGUUGCAUUUCGAAAUCAGUGCCAGAAUGUUUGACGUUCUCUGAUGUAUAGCCAAUUAUUUCCAUAUUGCUGUUUACAGGAGCUAUAAAUAAUGAAACACACUCUUGUCACAGGAAUCAGACGUAUCUUCAUCCUGGUUGGUAAAUGCCAAUCAGCAGUAAGUAUUAAUAUACAUAAUCGUGCUGUUUAAAAUCAGAUUUCAGACAUUCUGGCUUAUAAAAGAAAUGAUUUAAUGCAUGAUGUCCUUGUUAGUAAGAUGCUGUCAUCAGCGUGUUUUCGCAGCAUGGUAGUUUGCAGAUGUGAAAAAAAAAAUAAGAAUAUGCAGAUGUGUUGUUCUGGUACAAUUAAUUACAUGAAGAUUUAGAGAAAACAUUUGAGGGGUUGUAAAUAUUUUGGGAGACAGUGUUUAAAAAGACCAUAAUUACAAAAAAUAAACCUAUUUUGUAACAUGUUCCA